AUGAUAGAAUGCUGGCACACGUGCUCAGUUGACAAUGGUAAGAUAUCGAGAGAUUUCCUGUUCAACACUGGCAUGAAACAGGGAUUUGUUGUCGCACCAGCCCUCCUCUCGAUGAUGUUGUCAGCAAUGCUCUCAGAUGCAUUUUCACAAGGUGAUGGAGGCGUAGAAAUUUGCUAUAGAACUGACGGAAAGCUUUACAGACCUGGAGGACGAAAAGGCAACAACCAGAGUCAGUCUUACAACCACAUCCGUGAUCCACUAUUUACAGAUGACAGUGCACUGAAUGCUGUGAAGCACAGACCCACAUUGAAAUCGAUUUUUAUUGAGUCCUGCAGCAAAAUAAAUCUUGCAGUUUAA